ACCGAACGACGACAUCACCGAUCACGAAGGAUGGGUCAUGAGUGCUCUCAAACCCUUUUACAGAGAGAGAGAGGAAGGAAUAAGGGAAGCCAACGGGGAGGCUAUGACACCCAAACGCAGCCGAAAGGACAAGAGAGACAGACACGACGACCACAGAGACAACUACAGGCGACGGUCCAGAAGCAGGAGUAUGUAG